GCUUUCUGCGUGACUCUGUGAUUCAGCUUUCAUUUGCCAUAGGCUCGUAGUUUCUUUCACACUCCAGUUUGGUAUAGUCCUUCCUUUUUUCUCGGUCAUUCGUUUACGCCAAGAUGCGUGCCACGUUCUUUGCCCUGGCGGCGCUGCCAUUCUAUGCAAUUGCUCAAGACCCGGUUCCUGAAGCUGCGCCUGCUACUACCACUACUACUUCUGAGGCUUUCAUUCCACCAGUGAUUGAUACGUCCACCGACAUUCCUGUUGGCGUUAACCCUACCUCUACCGAUGCGAUCGUCGUUCCCCAAUCGACCUCGGAAGCAAUUCAGGAGAACCCUGAGCCAACUACACAACCUGCUCCUGUCGUUCAGGAUACAACGACUUCCCAAGAUAUUGUCCAGGCUCCUACUUCCGAGGAGCUACCUCCUGUCCAAGACACUACGACAGGUCCUGUUCCUGUCAUUGACACCACUCAGCCCAUUGCACAAGAGGGUACCACUCAACCCAAUAUUCAAGACACGACCACUGGACAGCCUAUUGUCGAGGACACAACCUCGCAACAGGUACCUCCUGUCCAGGACACAACAACGGAGCUGCCGCUUCCAGUUGACCCUACCACCACGUGGCUUCCUGUAGUGGAUACCACCAACCAGCCCAUCAUCCAGACCCCUGGUUCCUCACAAGAACCUGCUGGCCAGGACACCACCACGGACGUGCAGUUGCCCGUUGUGCCUACAACAACAUCGAACGCUGUUCCUGGUGUAACCACCGAGACCAGCAACCCUCUGCCAGAUACCACAACUCAACAACAGCCAGCCAUUGAAAGUACCACCACUGGUGUCCCACCUGUUGAGACUACCACUGCGCAGGUGCCUGUACAGGAUACUACAACAACAGCCGCUGAGCAGCCUGCUCAGACCACUACACAGGACCAAGAGCCUGAGCCUACCACCGAGGAGUCCAAGCCCACCAGUAAGGAUGACGGUGAGCCUGUCAUCACCCAGCCCCCAGCCCAAACAACCGUCGCUCCUGAGGUGGCUACAUCUAGCGUUUCCUCCGUCUCCUCGCAGGUCGCCGCUCUGAUCCCCAUCAUCAACAAGUGGACCGAAGACCCCGAGUCUCUCACCGAUGAGACUAACAAGGAGGUCGAGGACACCCAUGACGACAUCAUCGCUGUUAUUGUGUCUUUGGGCGGCAAGCCCGAUGUUGGCUGCAACAAGAAGCGAGGCCUGCUUGGACCCAUUGGUGACAUCAUCAACAAGCUCGCUUGUAUGGCUCAGGACCUUACCAACAUCUCGGGCAGCAUCAUUGCUGGUAACGUGCCUGCCGUCACCAGUGUUGUUCCUCAAGUACAGAGCCAGAACGAUGACCUGACUGAGGAGGAUGAGGAGAAUCAGAGCCAGGAGGAACAGAGCAAAGAAGAGUCUACCAAGCAAGAGGAGACGACCAAGAAGGAGUCCACUACAGAGGCUCCUACAACCACCGAAGCACCCACUUCAACGGAGGAGUCAACUACCACUGAAGCUACCACCACGACUACCGGGCUGCCGCAACCUUGUGGCGCUGACACUUGCGGUGGUGGUAGCGGCGGCGGUUCUUGUCCUAUUGGGUCUGGAGGAUCGAAAGGAGGACAGAUGGGCAGCGUGGCUGGUAACAUUAACUGCAAUGACCUCUCCACAACUACUAUCGAUGGACCUCUCCCUACGGACCCCUCCAAGCCCAUUGACUUCGGUGACGACCCAUUCACUGCUCCUACUGCUAGGUCCGAGUCUGCAUCCCCGCCUUCUAAGCGUGACAUAGAGCUAGUGGCUCGAGCGUUCAACGAUGACAUGUCUCCCAACCCUUUCUACGUCGCCUCCCUCACCCCCCUUUGGGUGGAUCAGACUGGAGCCACAGCUGGACACUGGUUCGGCGCUCCUCCUUUCGCUGGUAAAGGUUCUGCAGGCGUCAACGGUAUCUAUGGCUGUACCUCCGUCAUUGUCGUUUCUGACUUGGGUGUCUAUGUGUCUCAUAUCUGGGAGAACCCCGUCUUCAUCGACAGCAACUGGAACCCCACGCCUGACGACGAAUUCCAGGCCACUACUUUCAAUGCCCUUCGUGACGGCACGCCCAAUGGCAAUGCCGAAAGCAUUGCUGGUUAUGUUGGUACAGACCAAGUUCCCGGUGUCCUGCAUUCCAUGUUUCAUCCCAGGGUUUUCGUCGUCACUCCCUUCACCAACGACCUUGAGCGUAGCCUCGGCGUGACCACCACUUUCCGCUACGAGGAUCGUGCAAACUACCUGGCGACUGCAGUCUCUGGUAUUAUUCCUGGAUCUGAUUCGACCGUUCUCGGUUACACACGUACCGGCCGUACAGAAUCUACCGAGCAGUAUGGAACUUGGGGUCGCGCUAUUAUUGAGUAUGAUAUGCUUGAGGAGAUCGUCUUUGGCUCGGAUGGCGACAUGACGGGCCAGUUCAUGGGUCGAUGGAGACUCUGGGUCGAGGACCAGCUUGUCACUUCACACAAGUUCCUCGUCUUCCCUGAUCCUAUUGACCUUCCUGAGACUACACCUGCUGCUACACCUGCUGCUGGUCUCCAGAAGCGUGCCGAGGACGAAGCGGCCAGCAAGUGCUUGGUCCGUGGUGGCUCCACUGGUGCCACCUCAGCCGGCCCCUCUUCUACAGACAAUGUUGCUACUACGGCCGAUGCCACUUCCACUGCCGAGACUUCAGCAGCCCCUACUACAGAUGAAAAGACUGCUGAGACUACUGGAAUAACUACUGCCGAAGAGAAGACCACCGAGGCUGCCGGAACAACCACCAGCGAGGACAAGACUGCUGAGGCUACAACCACACAGUCUAACGCUGUCUUGUCAACAUCUACACCAAGCACUUUCAUAACCACUACCAGAGCCUCAUCCGACGCCAUCACAUCCGGUGUGACGACUGAUGCAGCGACAACUAGCGAGGAAGUCCGCACCUACUACCCUUGCGUGAUCUUCGGCGGACCUCGCGUCGACAAGCCAUACUGUCAAUGUAGCACCACAGUCUCUGGCAAGCAAUACGUCACUUCAGCCUCUCUGAUCGACAACAGCUGCGAGGACUACACCUCAUAUCCUUCACCAGUUGUCCCCGUAACCGAGGCCCCAGCUACCCAAGCCCCAGUGCAGACUCCCUUCACUGAGACCAACGACGGCACCGUCUUGGUCUACUCAGCCUACACGCUUGAGUACUUUAUGGCUUAUACUAUCCACGUCACAGCGACACGUGGCUAUGGUGUACCAUCAACUGUUUCCACGCCUUUACCUACUCAAACUGCUGUUGAUAAUGACGGCAGCGGCCAGUGUGGAACAGCCGAUAGCCUGUCAAAGAAGGGCUUGGGUGAGGCUUGUGAUAGGGCUAUCAAUGAGUUUGAUGCCGAUACUGUGUACAAGGGUUACACGACGCGAUAUAGUCGGUCCAAUAAGGGCAUCCUGAUGGCUGCCUCGUUUGGUCAAGCUGCUUGUAUUGCCAAGUUUGAAUGUGAUGACUAUGGUAUUGGAAUGAAGGGCAGUGAUAUCAUUGCAGCUCGCGAGAACGCGAAGGAGAACGAUGGUAUUUGGAUUUGUGGACAUAUACGCCUGUCAAACUCAUGCAGUGUCGUUAUGGACUACUGCACAAACUGUAACAACAGCGGUUAGGAUUUUAUCUCUAGGAUAGCUUAU